AAAUAUGUCAAAGAGCAGCUCGGGUCGGCGGAGCUUGGGUGGCGGUGGUUCGUUCAUGUCUCAAGCUUACAGUCAGGGUGGUGUCGUUUUAUUGGAGACUAGUUUCUAGCGGUCGUGGGGCUUUGAAGUUUAUAUAUUUCGAUCUGUGUAAUGUAGACAUCAGUUAAGUUUCAAUUAGUGAUUUACUGAAGGGAUCUCUUGAUCGUCGCUUCUUUCUGUUUCCGUGUUUUAUUAUGACGCGGCAGUGCAGCGUCCUAUCGGGAGGCGGGUGAGGCGAGCGAUGGGCGCCCUCGGCGCGGCCGGCGCCUUGCGGCGUUCGCACGCCGUCGCGCUCGUCGCCCUGGCGGCGCUCCUGCUGCUACUCCUGGCGCGCUCGGCGCCCCCGCCCCCACCGCGUCCGCGCCCUGCGCCCAUCCCAGCCCCCGUACCGGCAGCCGUCCCUCUCGACUCCGCUCCCCCAGUCCCGCCUGCGUCCCGCAUCGCCUCCAGCACGCGUACGGCGCGGCCCGCCAACACGACGGCGCACAACGUCACGGCCCAGUCCGCCGCGCCCGCCGCCGCCGCCCCCGCGCCCACGCCCGCCCCGCGCCGCGACCCGCGCGUGGUGCUCACCCGCGACCUGUACGUGGCCGGCCACGAGCGACCGCACCCCGAGCUGUGUCCGGCGCUGGGCGCGCACCUGCGCCUGCUGGUGCUGGUGACGUCGGCCCCGACGCACGCUGCGGCCCGCGACGCGGUGCGGCUCACGUGGGGCCACUACGCGGCGCGGCGCGACGUGGCGCUGGCCUUCGUCCUUGGGGCGCCUCCCGCCUCGCUGCGGCCGGCGCUGGAGGCGGAGGACGCGUUGUACGGUGACCUCGUGGUGGGCCGCUCCGUGGACUCAUACUCCAACCUGACGUUGAAGACGCUGUCGAUGCUGGAGUGGGCGGACACGUACUGCCCGCGCGCGCCGCGCCUUCUGAAGACGGACGACGACAUGUUCAUUAACGUGCCGCGCCUGCUGCGCUUCGCGGCGGCGCACGAGAACGCGACGCGCACGGUGUGGGGGAAGGUCGUGAAGAAGUCGCUUCCGAAGCGGACGACCAAGUCGAAGUAUUACAUAUCGCCGCUCCAGUUUCCGGGGAAGGUGUUCCCUGACUUCGCGACUGGCCCGGCCUAUCUGCUGACGGCGGACGCGAUCCGGCCGCUGCUGGAGGCGGCGCCGGCGGAGCCCUACCUGCGCCUGGAGGACGUGUUCGUGACGGGCGUGCUGGCGGGCAAGCUGCGGCUGAGGCGCCAGCACGCGCCGGAGUUCUACAACAAGAAGGUGGCACUCCACCCGUGCGCGGUGCAGCGCGGGAUCGCCAUACACAUGGUGCAGUACCACGAGCAGUUCGAUCUCUGGCGUAAGCUGCUGGAUGGGAAGACCAAGUGUGCCAGCUAGCCAGGCGACCCACGCCGACACUGACGUUGCAAACGUACUGACUCAGACUGCGUCUGCCUGGGUCGGCCUGUCUGUCGCGCGCCGGCCGCCCCGCCGGUGGCGCGUACGAAUACUCUUAAGUCUGAAUAUUUUCGAUUUUAGUUUUAUACAAGCCCGAUUUUAAAAAAGAAAACGAGAUCUGAUUUUGUUGAACGAAGAGUUUUUUGUAAAAGUCAAGAAUAUUAUUUGGGAAUGAAUCUCACUGAAUGGUUUCUAGUAAUAAUAUGAAGAGUGGGGAGGGGAGGAGCGCGAGACAGAACGUGACAACGACGGCUAGUCAUUCACCGCGGGACACUGUACUGUUGUGUGCGACUAACGAUUACUCAAACUUAUAUCCAUAUGAUAUUAUUUUUGUACCUUAUUAUUACAAAUUAUAUUUUUUAUAUUACUUUCGUGUGUAAAUUUUACAUUGAAAUAUUGUAAAGUAAGCGAUAGACUCGCGAGUCGCGACGGGUUGCGAUACAAAGCGAUUGCCAUAAACGUAGCGCCGCGCGGACACGCGGCGGCGGCGACGGCAGGUCGCGGUCUCUGUUAGAGGAUCGUAACAAAUCUAGCAUACGUGAUUAAUGUACCUUUAGUGUAAGUCCCCGGAGCCGCGCGGACCGGACCGCGUAUUGCUGGGUAUUUUUCAGCAACUUAAAUUUAGUAAAUUACGAUAAACGAUAAAAAAAUUUUUUAAACCAAAAUAAAAAAAAGAGUAGAAAAAUACCCCCCACUCGGCAUCCGCGUCUGCGCCGCCUCCGGGAGCCUCGCGCCGUCUCGACGCAAACAAAGCCGCGGUACGAUAUAAUCCAAUUUGUACUAAGUAUGGCGCGCUGAACAUACGUCAUCAAAUAUUGUUCACCAGUUUACUAAAUUAAUAAAUUUUGUAGAUUUGCUAGAUCGCAAUCUCAAAAGCACUGAGGAUGUACAAUGUCGGCUCUUGUGGCUCGAUGGAGCUGCUCUAAGCCGAAACACGACUUGCGAAUCGAGUCGUGUGUGGUGUGAAUGUGUUCACCGAUACAAGCUACUGCGACGCCCUGUCGCAGCUCUUUAUUUUUUGUUAUUACUUUAUACAUCUUGGAUUUUAGUAAUAGAUAAUAUGCCGCAGAAAUACAUGAGUUUCUCAGUGCAAUGUGUAAUAAUGACGUUGUCAGACGAGCGAGGCUCCCCGCGCCUUGCUCAUAGCGCGACACUGUUCCCGCGCGAGAUUUACAAUCUAUGUAAUUACCGAUACUGUAAAUACUAUUCGAAAACUUCAACCCUUGUUCCUUGUUUAUAUAUAUAUAUAUACAAAUAUAUUCGUUUUCGAGAAGGCGGCUGUUAUAUGAGAAAUGCAUCUCGCUCGCUUAGAAAAUUAUUUUAUUCUUUAUUGAAAUUGAUUUGGUAUGAAUGUUGCAAAUGAGAACACGAAUCGUCGUUUUUGUGUUGUAUAUGGGUGUAAUAGUACGAUGCGCGAGCGAGAUGACCACGUAUUCAACAGUAUCUAUGAUAGUAGCUAUCUCGAUCACACGAUGCGUAUAUUGUGUGUGAGCGAGCGAAAUGAACUAAUUUGAUAUAUUACAUCACAGUCUACACGAGGCAUCACCCCGCCUGGCGCCGGCCGCGGUCGGGAACCUGUUGUUCUUCUUGGAAUAGAUGUUCGCGCAUUGAGCGACUGCGUCUUCUGCUUUCAUAAGGAUCGGCAACUACGGGCGCACAACCGACACGCUAAUGGCGUUCACUCGCAAUUACAAUCGUGUUCAUUCUGAAACUCAAACCGACGCUCAUCUUUAAAAUACAAAAUCGAAUACUCUAGCGCCGCUUCAGUUGCUUCACUACCUGGAUAGUUUUCACUUGGAAAACGAUUAGAGUUGCGAGUUUACCUGACAAUUAUUAGCAUGUCUUUAAACUUUAUUUUUCUUUUCAACCCAAUUUAAACAGCAAUAAACGACGGAGUGUCGAAAUAAUGUAACUUUUAUAGAUAAGUCGAUGUUUUUGAUGAAAUAACAAUAUUUUUUUAAUGUUUUUAGUUAAUAAGUACAAAAUAGAACAAGGUGCAGCAGCUUUUGACGUUUUGUUUAAAUUGGAUUGAAAGAGAUUAGUGAGAUGUACGGCGGCGGGACCCGCUCGUAGUGCGCGUAGUUGCGGUCGCUAGCUCGGUAGCUCGGUAGCUCGGUAGCUCGGUGCGAGCGCUGUUAGACGAAUGCUCGUAAUCUCUUAGUUUAAUUUAAUGACGUAAGCGAAUAUAAAUGGUCCUGUAACGAAUUGUACACAUUUAUAACAUUUUGGCUCAGUUGUAAGAGUUGUAAAUAUUCUUCUGCGUAAAAAUAUACUCUUAUGUAAAGAAA